UGUAAAUAUGGCGGCCUACGUCUUACGUUGAUGCAAUGCGUUGAUAGUACUGAAAGACCGUGUAAUCAUGGCCCGGCAUAGGAAUGUCCGGACUAUGAACUACGAAGAUGAGUGCUAUGAUGAUGAUGAUUAUCUUGGGCAUUCAGUGGAAGACAAUUACUGUAUUUCUCCUGGGACUGCUGCCCAAUUUACUUUUAAUCGUGAGAAGGACUUUGAUUUGUCUACCUAUAUGGGCAAUGAAAAGAUCCCAGAAGAAGAGGAAGGCUUUGAUAGUGACACCGACCCUCAAUCCCUCAAUGACUCCCAGGGAUACAAAAAACCUGAUCUCAGUGAUACGGAACAAGGAAAGCUGAACUCUUGUUUAGAAGAAAUACGCAAUAUUCUAGGAGAUAGCACCCCAGAUCAUGUGCUUUGCCAGAUAAUCAUAAAAAACAAAUAUGAUUUACAGGCCAGUCUCAACGAGUUACUUAAAUCAGAAGAAGUUCCUAAACCUCAGAGACAACCAAGACAAAGUCGACGAAACAGAUCACAAGGUUUUGCACCCAAUCCUCCAACUGUAGAGCUAAAGGUGCCAGUGAAGAAGCAGGUGUCGCCAGUAAAACCUGAGGAGGAUACGGUGAAGGCCGUGUCCCAAAUAAAAAUAAACAAUAGUAAAGAGCCAUUGCGUGGCUUUGAGCCCAGCGUGCCUGGGGCCACGCCCUCUAAGGGCAAUGGGGAUGUUAAGUCGAAUGAUCAGAGGGAUGUUUCUGAUGGGACCACACUAAAUAAAGUAGUGGAUUCCGUCGGGAGUAAUUCGGAUCGUACACCUGUUCAAACUCCAAAGAAAGAGGCGUCAACUCCGCAGGUGACGAAGAGUUCAUCAAAGACAAAACAAGAUAAAGCAAGAUUAAAAGAAGAAUACGACAGAAGACAGGGUGACAAAGAGCUUCUCAACAUGGUUGUCAUAGGUCAUGUAGAUGCUGGGAAGAGCACCCUGAUGGGCCACUUGUUGUUCCAGCUAGGUAUGGUCAACAAGAAGUCCAUGCAUAAAUAUGAACAAGAGUCCAAGAAGGUUGGGAAGGGCUCCUUCGCCUUCGCCUGGGUACUCGACGAGACGGAGGAGGAGAGAUCUCGUGGCGUUACCAUGGAUAUUGCUCAGACAAAAUUUGAAACUCCAAAGAAAGCAGUGACACUGUUAGAUGCUCCUGGACACAAAGACUUUAUUCCUAAUAUGAUCACAGGUACUGCUCAGGCAGAUGUUGGUAUCCUGGUUGUGAACGCUGCACGAGGAGAGUUCGAGACAGGCUUUGAGACUGGAGGUCAGACGAGGGAACAUGCUCUUCUAGCCAGAUCAUUGGGUGUGUCUCAGUUGAUUGUGGCGGUGAAUAAGAUGGACACGGUCAAAUGGUCACAGGACAGGUAUGAUGAAGUCACUAAGAAACUAGGAGCUUUCCUGAAGACAGCCGGAUAUAGGGACACGGACAUUUCCUUCAUUCCCUGUAGUGGACUGAGUGGAGAGAACCUAGCGAAGGCCGUAUCCGAGCCCCAGCUGUCUGCCUGGUACAGAGGCUGCACACUAGUUGAACAGAUAGAUAAAUUUAAAACAGUGACCCGCCAGCUAGACAAGCCCUUGCGACUGACAGUAGGGGAUGUGUUCAAAGGAAUGGGGGCGGGGUUCAGUGUGACUGGCAGGGUGGGGGCGGGGUCUGUACAAACUGGUGACAAGGUCCAAGUCAUGCCGUAUGGAGAAAUGGCCACCAUCAAAGGGAUCUUGUUAGGGGACCUGUCAGCCAUGUGUGCAUUUGCUGGGGACCAUGUGACCUUGACCUUGACAGGCAUCGACAUGACAAAUGUCAAUCUUGGGAGUGUAGUCUGUGAUCCAGCCAAUCCUAUUCACUGUGCCACGAGGAUCCGAGCGAGGGUGGUGCUGUUUAAUCUAGAAAUCCCAAUUACUAAGGGUUUCAUGGUUGUAUUCCACUACCAGUCAAUCACUGAGCCAGCAGUCAUCAAAAGACUUGUCAGUCAACUUAAUAAAAGCUCAGGAGAGGUGCUGAAGAACAGACCUAAAUGUUUGACAAAGAAUACCAGUGCUGUGAUAGAGAUUGAGUUUGAGAGACCAGUCUGCCUCGAGCUAUAUAAGGAUUUUAAAGACCUCGGAAGAUUCAUGUUGCGAUACAGUGGUUCUACGAUAGCUGCAGGCUUGGUAGAGGAGAUCCUGAAGAGCAAAACGAAAGCAGAUGACACACAAGGGGCUUCAGCUUACUGAUCAAGCGAGGAGGUUAUAGGCCCUGAAUAUGGAUUUGUCUUGAAUCUGUAAAAACAGAUUAGGCCCUGAAUAUGGAUUUGUCUUGAAUCUGUAGUAUUAACAGAUUAGGCCCUGAAUAUGGAUUUGUCUUGAAUCUGUAGAAACAGAUUAGGCCCUAAAUAUGGAUUUUCUUGAAUCUGUAGAAACAGAUGUUCAUACAUUUUGUGGUUUUGUGUUAAACAUGGAAUCAUACAGACUUGUGUCCUACUUGUGUUCAAAUGAAACAUGAGGUUGGUGUACAUGUGGAGAUUCGAAGAAAACUCAAGCCCACGCUGUUUGUAUGGUUGAUGGGAAGGUGUUGGUCCCUGGUUAUGGUAAUGGCGGAGUAUCGGCCCUCUGCAUGAACAAUUAAAGCAUAUGGAUAUAUGUGUAAUAUUGGCCCUGGUCAUGGAUAUUGCUAAUGAAGGAAGGAAUGUUUGCCCUGGACUGGUACACCAGACAGCUUUGUUUCAGCUUAUGUUAUUUAUGUAGAAAAUACAUAUGCAUAUACGAUGUUGAAUUUACAGUUCUUAUUUUGUUACAUCUGAAUUUGUACUCAAUUUGAAUGAACAAUUUACUGUUAUGUUGAAUUUAAGGAACUACCUUCAAUACCACCAAAUCAGAGAAACUUUGAAAUACAGAUGUACACCCAAAAAUCUGAAUACAUUGAUUAAGGCUUUUACAGUAAAACAUCUACCCCAGCCCAGGACUCCAGGCUUGGUUAAGGGGUACCACCUAUAAAAUUUAUGGAUAGAAGUGAUUUAUUGUGGAGUCCUGGGGUCAGGUAGAUAUUUUAAUGGAAUAGCCCUAACAAGAUUGUUAAAGAGUUGAUGUUAAUCCACUCUGCAUCAUAUAGGAUAGUUACUUUAAGAGAAUAAUUGUCCAAAUUAAUUAACUCAAUUUGUUUAAUUAAUAGUGAAUCUGAAAUCAUAUCAGCUGUUUCUAAUAAUACCAAUUGUUUAUAGAAUGUGCAGAGUUUAAAAAUGGGUUCAACUAGGCAGAUAGCAGGUGACACUUGAAAGCUGUUUUACAAUUCAAGGCCAUAUAUAUAUAGGCACACUAAGAAUGGAGUACAGAAUUGUAGAUAUUUUCUCAUUCCCAGAAAAUUGACAAUAUCAUAUCACUGAUGUGUUUCCUCCAGAAAGAGGUUUGACCAGCUGAUUAUUAAUUUAUUUUUGCAAUGAAUGUCUCGAUACUAAACUAUAAACAGUAGAAGAUUUCAUGAAAAAUAGAUUGAAUUUUUUUUUAAUAUGGAAUAUUUUACAUGAAUGUUUAUGAAUGCGAACGUUGCAAGGAUUUGCUGAGUGGUCAUUUAUGACAUACACAUGUACCUCUUGCAAACGUUUUUCUUUGUGAUUACAUGCAUGUGACAGAAGAAAUUGGUUUGUUCAAGAAUACAGGCACAAAAUCAUUGUUGGAAACCCAAGAGAUUGUGCUUCCUCAUUCAAGUCUUGUGAGUUUCUGAUGGUGAUAAGCAAACUAUGUGAUUGUUAUACAAGUGUCUGUUUGUGUUGAAGCCAAAGUGAAACCUACAUACCUGUGUGAAAAUCCUCUUUUUUGCCACCUAAAAUACAUUACCAACAACAUAAUUGACUUUCUGAAGCUUUUAUCAAUUAUUUCUCAUUCCUUUAAAAAUUGCUCCCUUUCGUCAUGCCAAAGUUUUACCGGACAAAAGAUGAAGUUAAGCAAUAUUUACUGUAUGAAUUCUGUAAUGAUUUUUACAAUUCAGCCCACAAUCCAAUAUGUGUGUUCUCCAGUUCUAUACCUUUCACCCCUACUGACCAUAUUGGACUUCAAAUGAUGAAUGAAUGGCAGAGUCCACAAAAUUUGUUGAGGGUGGAAUAGGUUAAGUCUACUUGCCAUAGUAAAGGACAUGUUAUAUUUAAGAGUAUGUUAUGAUUUUAUCUGCAGAAUAAUUGUUUGUGAAAAAAGAAAAAAUACAAAGAUAUAACAAUUAUUAUGUCCAUUAUUUUGUUCCGGUCAUUAUGUUAUUAGUACAAGAAAUGUGUGACAGUUUGAGCGAAAUUGAAUUUUAUCAGAAUUCAUUGCUCUCUUCCGAAUUGCUUUUGUGACCGAUUCACAAACUUGUACAAUACAAUUUUGGUCCUGGCCUUUGAUUUUACGUAUCUGUUUUCAGGGAUGGGUACAUGUUGUUAUCCCUUUCUUUCCAUGUUAUCAUGAACAUGAUAUGCUGCAUAUGGUGUACCUGGCAAUAAAGGUGUGAGAAAAGA